CCGUUUCUUCUGUAGCUCUUUCCACAGUUCAGCUGCUGUGAAAUGUCCAGCUUUAUAAAAGCAGACGAGCGGCUGAGGAUAGAAGCAGAGAGGCGCAAUUAAUCGAUUUAUCAACAUUUUGCUGCGACUCAAAUCCAGGAAGGAACGACAUCAUAAGUGUGCGUAUCAGCAUUAAGAUGGGAGUUUGGAGUGUGUGCUGCAUUUUGCUCAUCAGCUGUCAGCUGAAGUUCUCCUGUGCUCACAAUGACUUCUUCACAUCCAUCGGUCACAUGACAGAUCUGCUGUUCACAGAGAAAGAUCUUGUGACAUCACUGAAAGAUUACAUCAGAGCCGAGGAGAGGAAACUGGAGCAGGUCAAACAGUGGGCUGAAAAGCUGGAUGCUAUAACAACCACAGCCACUCAGGAUCCAGAGGGGUUUUUGGGUCACCCUGUCAAUGCCUUUAAACUGAUGAAGAGACUCAACACAGAGUGGGGUGAAGUCGAAGACCUUGUUCUCAAAGACAUGUCUGAUGGCUUCAUCUCAAAUUUGACCAUUCAGCGUCAGUAUUUCCCUAAUGAUGAGGACCAGACGGGUGCUGCCAAAGCUCUCCUCCGACUACAGGAUACUUACAAACUGGACACACAGACCAUCUCCUCUGGAGACCUGCCUGGCCUCACGACAGGCUUGCCAUUUAAGAGCACUCUGACAGUAGGGGAUUGUUUUGAGUUGGGAAAAAUUGCCUACUCUGAAGCAGACUACUACCACACAGAGCUGUGGAUGGAACAGGCGCUCAAACAACUGAAUGAGGAAGAAGAAUCCAGCAUUGAUAUUGUGACAGUGCUGGACUACCUCAGUUACUCAGUUUACCAGCAAGGGGAGCUGGAGAGAGCUCUUGACUAUACCAUGAGACUGCUUACUGUGGAUCCUGAGCACCAGCGGGCCCUUGGGAACUUGAAGUACUUUGACUAUCAGCUCGCCAAACAGAAGAAGGCUGAGAAAGAGCAGAGCACUAAAGAGGAGAGCAACAAAAAGCAACAGGAGGAGUCUGAGAGAAAGGAAUAUCUGCCUGAGAAGAGGAAGUAUGAGCAGCUGUGCAGAGGAGAGGGACUCAGAAUGUCUCCUCGCAGACAGAGGCGUUUGUUCUGCCGUUACUACAACAACAACAGACAUCCGUUUUACAUGCUCGGGCCAGUUAAACAGGAGGAUGAAUGGGAUCGUCCACGUAUUGUCCGUUACUACAACAUUAUAACGGAAAAAGAGAUGGAAAAGGUCAAGGAGUUGGCCAAACCCAGACUGCGCAGAGCCACCAUCUCCAACCCCAUUACAGGUGUUCUAGAGACCGCACACUAUCGCAUCAGUAAAAGUGCAUGGUUGGCGGCCUAUGAGCAUCCAGUUGUAGAUCGCAUUAAUCAACGUAUAGAAGACAUCACAGGCCUCGAUGUGAAAACAGCAGAAGAGCUGCAGGUAGCAAAUUAUGGUGUAGGAGGACAAUAUGAGCCACACUUUGACUUUGGACGGAAAGAUGAACCAGAUGCCUUUAAAGAGCUGGGCACAGGGAAUCGAAUAGCAACCUGGCUAUUCUAUAUGAGUGAUGUACCAGCAGGAGGUGCCACAGUCUUUCCAGAAGUAGGAGCUGCAGUAAAGCCAAUAAAGGGUACAGCAGUAUUUUGGUAUAAUCUCUUUCCCAGUGGAGAAGGAGAUUACAGCACACGACAUGCGGCUUGUCCAGUACUGGUAGGCAACAAGUGGGUUUCAAAUAAAUGGAUCCAUGAGAGAGGUCAGGAAUUCAGAAGACCGUGUGGCCUGAAAGAGACUGAUUGAUCUAACUGGCAGCCCAAACUAUCCUCCGUCUCUUCUACUUUCUUUGGACUCUAAAUAGAUAUCUAACCUGACUCAAAAACACAGCACCCUCCCUACUGUACAAAUCCACUGUGUCCACAGCAGCCAACAAUGUUAACCAUCAUAUUUAUUUUUAAUAAGUUUACUUGUGUGUGUUUGUGUGUGUGUUACAUGACCUCUGUUAGUGCCUUUUGUUGUUGAACUCCAGAGCUUCUAUGGAUGAAGCCAUUCCUGAAAAGCACUCCAAAACCGAACAACCAUUAGAAUAUUUUGUCUGUCACUUGGGCUGCAUUCCAGACAGUUAAAAUUUGUAUGCCCUUCUCUUGCUUCACUCUGUCUCAUGGACUUGGAUGUACAUCAUUGUUCAUGUUGCAUGAGUGCCCACUACUGGUGGAACCCACACAAUGGGUUUAAAUGGAACGGCCUAAGCCCUUGAUCACUUCACCUGCUGUGGACUGGAGCAAUAAGGCUGAUGUAAUUUUGUUAAAUUAUUUGGCAAUUUUUGCACCUGAGAAGACAACAUCUUCAGAGAUUGAUACAAUUCCAGAUUCAAGUAAAGUUUAGUUGUAAUUUCAUAGGCUUAUAUAUAGAUCUUGUCUGUUAAGAAAAAAAAACUUUUUUAGUAGAAUUAAUAGUCAGAAAGAAUAAUUGUUGAUUCAACCUAUUGUCUCAAGACUGUUAGCUGUUUGACUGUAAUAACAAAUGAUAAAUGCUUUCCCUGA